AUGGCCGGCUUCGUGGGCCUCCUCCGCCAGCUCGGGGACCUCGCACAGCUCGCCGCGGAGGUGUUCCAAGGCCUGCACGACCAGGCCACGGCGGUGUCCGCUCGGGCGGGCGGCCUCGCGCUGGGGGCGGGGCGCCUGGAGGCGGAGCUGCCGCUCUUAGAGGAGCGCUUCCGUCGUCGUCGGAAUAGACGGCCCUGCUUCGUGCAGCACAACGUCGCCAUUGCUUCAGAAGUUCCGUGUCGCGUCGCAGGCCAUGGUGUCGAUCGGCCGGUGAUUUUGGUGGGAGGAACAAGGCCGUGCUCCAUCGAAGAGCACAUCCAGCGCUGCCGCAGGCCUCCGCAGCUGUCCAUUCUGGACAAGUAUGAUGCUGGUGGCGAGGGAGCGUGCUUGAAGAGAGAUACACCGACCCCUCCUUCUUCAGAGCCCACUCUGCACAGCAUGAAUCAGACCUUCAGAGUUCAGACAACCAUUCCAAACCUCCUGCCAAGGAAGCCCACCAUAACAAAUACUCCAAAUUUAAAACAGGCGCGUUGUCCGAUAUGCUCCAACAACUUAAAUAUCGUCACAUGAUCAGAAUAAAGAGGCGUCAAAAGCACAACUUUCAGAAUCAGGGUUCGUCACAAGAUGAAGCAUCUGAAGCACGCGUUUUGUCUUCAGCUGAUUCGCCUGAAACAUCAAACUCCGAAGCGCCAUGCCCUGCAGUACCAGCGAACAAGGAGAGGAGCAGUGACCUCGCUGAGAGGACCAGUUCGUUCGGGGCAUGGCUCUCUCCAAGUGCAGCCUGCUGUACUGAUGCGUGUGAAAACACACCAGACAAUACUGAUGGAUCUGCCAGCCAUGGCGCAAACAAGGCCGACGAGAAUGCCAACAAUGCGACAAAUUCUCGUAGCGCCCUUGUCGACUUCAUCGCCUCAAGGGUCCAAAGCUCGCCGAGGAAGCUAUCUGUCAAGAAGCACAGUGACCCGUUAACAGAAUCCUUCCGGAACAUGGCUAAGAAGCUGCUGCUUGAGUAUGAAUCGGCAGAGAAUUUUCGUAACAGCAAUCUAGUGGCAUUCUAAAGACGUGCCAGAUCCAGAUGAAGUAGCAUUUUACAGCAAAAGCACCAAGGACACUCACCAAGAGGCGGUGACCUCGGAGCAAUCCGACGAUCCUUGUGAAUAACCUUGUCCGCCAGCUAGCAUCGAUGAAGAAGCAAGCGGUGGUAUCAGCGGUCACAACCCGAAAAGGGACCAAUCAGUGUAUCUUGGCUACCAAUCCGGUAUUCAGCUGUGAUGCUUCUGUGCAUGGUUUUCACCUUCAGUUUCAGAAAAAAAAUCAGCACAAACCAAAAUUCAACUGUGAUCCUUAUGUUUUCGGUUUGCAUUUCAGCCAAAGGGCUGAAAUAUUCACUUGAAUUCAAUUCAAUAUUUGAAUUUUUAAAAGCGUUUAAAAAAUAUUUGAAUUCCUGUGUAUUACUGAAAUAUUUUGACCAAGGUAAAUAAUUAAGUGUCUACUGAAAUUCGUGAAAUUCAGUGAAUUUCAUCGAAAUCUCACUGAAAGUGAAAACCAUGUUCUGUG